AACCCGAAUCCUCCCCCAAAUUCCAUAUCGAAGACUUCUCCUUCUCCCUAGUCUUCUCCUCGAUGGAGAUCAGCGAAUCGUCCGGAAAGCGAUCGUCGUCGACGGACUCCCUGGCUUCUUUCGGCGACGUUGCCAAUCCUGAUUUCUCCUCUGAUGACGUCGAACUUUUCCCCGCUGCAGCGGUGCAGCGCGCGGCGGUGGAUUUCUUCGCCAGAGAGGAAAAGAGUAGUCACCCAUCCAGAUCGGUCAUGACAGAUCAUGAUAUGCCCGAUCUAAAUCUGAAGAAAGAAGAUCUCGCCAUCAAUAUUGGUUUCCGAGAAUUAUUUGCUCCGAAUCAUCUGGUACUGGGUCGAGCGGCGGCGCACAUUGAGAACGAGAAUGUUAAGAACGAGUUGGAAUUGGUUCGAGCAAAGCUUGCGCGUUCGAUAGAGGAGAACCAGCGGCUGAGGGACUUGCUCACCGACAAAACCCACAAGUACGAAUCCAUGCACGAUUACUUCGUCAAGCUGUUGCAGGAUCGCGACGCGAAAUCUCAUCAGGUCGACAAUGAAAUAGUAGAUGUGCGAAGAGAGGAGGAGCAAGAGCGAGCCGGCGGUGCCACCGCUGUGCCGCAGCAAUUCAUCGAGCUCCGAUCGAAUUCUCGGACGCUGCCUAAGGAAGAGUUACACGACGCUAAUCUCGCUAAUCUCGACGCCGAGGAGGUGCCGAGUGCCAAAGAAAUGGUGAAGCAACAACAACCGGACCACGAAGCAAUCAUCAAGAAGGCUCGGGUCUCUGUUCGAGCUCGAUCCGAAGCAACCAUGAUAAACGACGGCUGCCACUGGAGAAAGUACGGCCAAAAGAUAGCAAAAGGAAAUCCCUGUCCUCGUGCUUAUUAUCGCUGCACCAUGGCGAGCGCAUGCCCAUGCCCUGUUCGAAAACAGGUUCAACGGUGCGCGGAGGACAGGACGGUGUUGAUAACGACCUACGAGGGAGCUCACAACCACCCGCUCCCUCCGGCCGCCACCGCCAUGGCGAGGACCACCUCGGCGGCCGUUUCCAUGUUGUUGUCCGGCUCCACGUCAUCUGCUGCCGAACAAGCAUUGAUCAAGUCUGGAAACGGCAGUCUGCUCGCUCAAGCAAUCCUGCCUAACUCCUCGUCAUCGACUUCGAGCGUCGCGAUGAUUUCUGCCUCCUCCCCUUUCCCGACCCUCACGCUCGACCUCACCGGCACUCCCAGCUCGCUUCGCCAGCAGAAGCCGCUGGCGAUGCCCCCGUUUCAACUUCAGUUUCCCAACUGCGGCGGCGCCGCCGCCUCUGUUUCCUCGCCGCAGGUUAUCGGCGGCCACCACUACUCGUCCCAUUUUGCCGGGUCGCAGAUGUCAACAGGCGGCAGUGCCGGCGCGGAGAGUCUGAAGCCGAGGUCUCUAGCUGAGACAGUAAGCACCGCGACCGCUGCGGCGAUCACCAACGAUCCCAACUUCGCCGCCGCGAUCGCCGCCGCCAUCUCCUCCUACAUGCACCGUAAAGGCGAUCACGUCGGCGACGCUCAACAACAGGCGACAGGGAGUGAAUCAAAUAACAACUAUUGAAGAUUAGCGAUUUCAUUGAUUCGUUCAAUAAUUAUCGCUGAUUCUUGUUCUUUAAUCUAACUAUCUAGGAACAAAGACAGGAUAUAGUUAGUUGGAUCAUUUUUCUUCCUCAA